AUGGCAUCCACUAAUUAUAGUACAGUUGAGGAUUCGUUGAUAUAUCAGCAAUUGUUUCAGGUUGCACUGACGGAGGGGCCGAUAUCAAAAGUCAGCGUUGCAAUAAUAAUGUCGCUCUUCUUUACGUAUUUGAAUGCUGUCAUGGUCUAUACUCUUUGGAGCAAGCCUAUUUUUAAAGAGACUCCACGCUAUAUUCUGUUUAACCACAUGCUUCUUAAUGACUCCAUACAGCUCCUUAUUACCUCUUUGUUGUAUAUUUUAGGUCUGGCUUAUCUCAAGCUAGCUAUGGCUGCUUGUGCUUUUAUGGUUUUUGUUUCAAGUACGACUUUCAAUAACGCUCCUUUAAACCUGGCUCUGAUGUCACUAGAGCGUUAUGUGGCUAUAAGAUUUCCUCUAAGACAUGCUGAAAUGGUAACUCAGAAAAGAACUCAUAUUGCUAUUGGAGUCAUUUGGUUCAUCGGGUCUAUAAACUUCAUAAUUGAUUUGCUUUAUGGUGUAGCGAUGGAUUCUAACUAUUUAAUCUCACAAAUGUUGUGCACAAGAGAAAAGCUAUUCAUAAAGCAAUGGCAGGUGGAUGUUAAUCGAGGUUUUAACAUAUUUUACUUUGUGUCAGUGUCUAUGAUCAUCCUUUUUACUUAUAUCAGCAUUUUUAUUACAGCCAGAUCCAUUUCCUCCAAUAAAGACUCUGCUGCAAAAGCUCACAAGACUGUGCUGCUACAUCUAGUUCAGCUGGGACUGUGCCUUACCUCCUUUCUAUACAGUCUAAUGGAGCGAGCAGCAGCAGUGGCCGGCAGCAGCAGCCUUUUCAGGGACCUGCGUUAUCUAAACUAUUUAUUUGUACUGAUCUUGCCACGCUGUCUAUCUCCACUCAUCUAUGGACUGAGAGACGAUGCUGUACGGCCUUUAUUCAUCUACUACUUUCGCUGUGCCACAGGCAAACGCAAGAAUGCAGUAAAUAUACACUGA